GCCUCUUACAUAUCGCGAGGCAGAGGAGUGUCCGUGUGAAUCAGUUCUGGUGACUCCACGGUAUGUGUAUCUAUUAGUUGUUUUUGAUGAGCUCGGAAAGGACUUUUUCUCUCCCUCACUGCUGCUUUUUGUAUUUUUUUUUUUUUUUCCCCCUUCAAGAUUUUUACUUUGAGAUAUUCUAUCUUCAAGAAUCAAGCACAAGGCAUCUUCCACGCCGGAAGUCACUAUGGUUGGCACGGGUGGCCCGGUGGCCACCUUCUCCGAAUGGGACUAUGUGGUGUUCGCGGGUACGAUUGUGGGCGCUGCUGGCCUUGGCCUCUUCCAGGCCUUUCGAGGACGCAAGGAGAGCAGCAGCGCCGAGUACUUUCUGGGCGGGAGGCAAAUGUCGGCGGUACCUGUGGCCAUGUCACUCACGGCCAGCUUCAUGUCCGGCGUCACCGUCAUUGGCACCCCAGCCGAGGCGUACCUCUAUGGAACAUCCUUCUGGCUCUUUGGCAUCAGCUACGUCAUCAUGUCGUUCAUCACUGCUGAGAUUUUUGUGCCUCUAUUCUAUCGGCUGGGGAUCACAAGUGCCUAUGAAUACCUGGAGAUGCGCUUCAGCAGGCUCAUUCGUGUACUUGGGACCUUCAUGUACACCAUGCAGACGAUCCUGUACACCGGUUUGGUCAUCUACGCUCCGGCUCUUGCUCUGAAUCAAAUCACUGGGAUGGAUCUGUGGGGAGUACUGGUGGCUACGGGGGCAGUGUGCAUCGUCUACUGCACUUUGGGUGGCCUGAAAGCUGUCAUUUGGACCGACGUGCUACAGAUGGUGAUCAUGUUGACCGGUUUUGUGGCCGUAAUAGCAAGGGGGGCCGUGCUUCAGGGAGGCCUGGACAAAAUUUGGGAAGACGCUGGCCAAGGGGGUAGACUUGAGACAUUUGACUUUGACCCUGAUCCCCUGAAGCGACAUACAUUCUGGAGCAUGACUAUAGGUGGUAGCGUGACAUGGAUGUCAGUCUACGCGAUAAACCAAUCCCAGGUGCAACGCUACAUCUCUUGCAAAACGCUGCGCCAUGCCAAGAUGGCUUUGUAUGUGAACAUGGUGGGCUUGUGUGUGACUCUUAGUCUGGCAAUGCUGUCUGGCCUCGCGAUGUUCUCCAUUUACAAGAACUGCGACCCGUUCACCAAUGGCGAUGUCGGUUCCACAGACCAGUUGCUUCCCUACCUGGUCAUGGACAUCUUGGCUGUCUACCCUGGAAUUCCUGGUUUGUUUGUGGCUGCUGCAUACAGUGGCACUCUGAGCACGGUGUCCUCCAGCAUCAAUGCCCUUGUUGCAGUCACCGUUGAAGACUUUAUUCGUCCCGUGUGGAAAAACCUCUCAGUGAAGCAGACAACCUGGCUGAGCAUGGGCCUGAGUGUGUUCUUUGGCGCUCUGUGCAUUGGGAUGGCUGGAGUCGCUUCACAAAUGGGAAGCGUUCUGCAGGCAGCUCUCUCUAUAUUUGGGAUGCUGAGCGGGCCACUUCUGGGGCUGUACCUAUUAGGCAUGCUUUUCCGCACAGCCAACUCAAUUGGAGGCCUCACAGGAAUGUUCCUCAGCCUGGUGUUGACACUGUGGGUAGGGAUCGGAGGUCAGCUCUACCCGGCGACGGCAGACAAGACAAACCCUCUGCCAGUCAGCACUGCGGGUUGCAACAACACUCUCCAGUCCAACAUGACCACAGAAACGCCAUGGACCACUCCAGUCACCCAACCUGAUGUUAGGCCCCCUUUGGCAGACUUCUACUCUCUGUCCUACCUGUACAUCUCCUUCCUUGGUACAUUGACAACCAUCGUGAUCGGACUAUUGGUGAGCAUGAUCACAGGUGGCUGCAAGCAAGGCAAGCUGAACUCCCAAUUAUUUGUGAGGAAAAGCGACUUUGCUUGUUUCAGCUGCAGCCAUAAAUCACAGGUUUCAGGAAAAACAGAGAAGGGUGCGACAGAAUUCGACAUAGGAGCAGACAAGUCAGGAUUUGUACACUGUGACCCGACAAGCCACGAUUUUGUUGAAGCGACCAAACUAUAAUAUUCCAUUCAGAUAUUGUACUUCUAACAUGUAUUUAACAUAAAUACUGGAUCUUUGUUUGGCACACGAUUAUGUGUUUCACAUCAUAUAAUUUAAUGGCUAUUUUUUACAAUUUCAGGGAUGUUGGUGGAAAGUAAUGGUACUACCCAGUAAUGUCUAUGUUUGAAAAGUACAGGUGACGCCUGCUAUUCACGGGGGACAGGACCAGGCUGGCCUCUGAAUAACAGAUUUACAUAUACCGGUAAUUGACCCCAUUGAAAUGCAUAGAGGGAACAACAUUUGUUGUAAAAAAACGAUUAAACCAUAAAAUUCUUCAAAAGGUACUGAUAAAUAUUCAAAAUGUUUGUUCCCCCCCAAUAGAUUUUUAAAAAUCUGUAAAUAUGUGAAUCCCAGAUGCUGAACCGUGAGUGUGCAGGAAUCAACUGUACAAUACACCUGCUUUCCAGAAAGUUCAGUGGUACAAAACACUGUACAUGUGAAGUACUUGCAUUAUUCUAAUUCGCUGCUUGAUAUUAAUAAAAUAUGGGUGGCACGGUGAUCGACUCGUUAGCAUGCCUGCCACACAGUGCAGAGGUGCAGGGUUCGAUCCCGGCUGCAGCCUUUCUGUGUGGAGUUUACAUAUUCUCCACAUGCCUGCUACGUUUUUUUCCGGGUCGCCGGUUUCCUCCCACAUUCCAAAAAAAUGCUUGUGGAGCUUAAUUUAACACUCUAGAUUGUCCCGAGGUAUGAGUGUAAGCGCGGAUAAUUGUUUGUCUCUGUGUGCCCUGCGAUUGGCUGGCAACCAGUUCAGGGUGUCCCCCGCCUACUGCCCGAAGUCAGUUGGGUUAGGCUCUAGCUACCCUUGUGAUGACAGAACAACAUAUCAUUUCUUGAACUGCUGGUGAUGCUCAUCUACAAAUUUUACAUUCACUUUUAUUACGCUAAGUACAGUUUUGGUCAGUAAUACAUGCCUUUUUUUUUUUUAAUCAGCUAUUUUUUAUUUUACAGGAAAGGGUUCAUUCUUGAUUAAAAAUGUCCAGUGGUUAGCACGUCG